AUGCGUUCCAGAAGCAGUGACACAGAGGGCUCAGCCCAAAAGCAAUUUCCAAGACAUAGUAAAGACCAUGGUUUCCAAGGGCCUGCGGACAUGAAGCAGAGACAGCAAGACAAAGACCCCACCAGUGAGUCAGAUGCAAUUGUUCCCUGUCCUAAGUCACACGGUGGUAUCAGUCACCAUGGAGAAGACCUCUCAAGAGAUGACCUAUUAUUUCUUCUGAGCAUUCUGGAAGGAGAACUGCAGGCUCGAGAUGAAGUCAUAGGCAUUUUAAAAGCUGAAAAAAUGGACUUGGCUUUGCUGGAAGCUCAGUAUGGGUUUGUCACUCCAAAAAAGGUGUUAGAGGCUCUCCAGCGAGAUGCUUUUCAAGCAAAAUCUGCCCCUUGGCAGGAGGACAUCUAUGAAAAACCAAUGAAUGAGUUGGACAAAGUCAUGGAAAAACAUAAAGAAUCUCAUAGACGAAUCCUGGAACAGCUUUUAAUGGCAGAAAAAUCUCAUAGGCAAACCAUACUGGAGUUGGAGGAAGAAAAGAGAAAAUAUAAAGAAUACAUGGAGAAGAGUGAUGAAUUCAUAAGCUUACUAGAACAGGAAUGUGAAAGAUUAAAGAAGCUGAUUGACCAAGAAACCAAGUCCCAGGAGAAGAAGGAGCAAGAAAAGGAAAAAAGGGUCACUGCCCUGAAAGAGGAGCUGACCAAACUGAAGUCUUUUGCUUUGAUGGUGGUGGACGAACAACAAAGGCUGACAGCACAGCUUGCCCUUCAAAGACAGAAAAUCCAAGACCUAACCACAAAUGCAAAGGAAACACAGGCUAAACUAGCCCUCGCUGAAACCCGAGUUCAGGAAGAAGAGCAAAAGGCAACCAGAUUAGAGAAAGAACUGCAAACACAGACCACAAAGUUUCACCAGAACCAAGAAACAAUUAUGGCAAAGCUCACCAACGAGGACAGCCAAAAUCGCCAGCUUCGACAAAAGCUGGCAGCACUCAGCCGGCAAAUUGAUGAGUUAGAAGAGACAAACAGGUCUUUACGAAAAGCAGAAGAGGAGCUGCAAGAUAUAAAAGAAAAAAUCAACAAGGGAGAAUAUGGAAACUGCGGUAUCAUGGCUGAGGUGGAGGAGCUCAGGAAACGUGUGCUAGAAAUGGAAGGGAAGGAUGAAGAACUCAUAAAAAUGGAGGAGCAGUGCAGAGAUCUCAAUAAGAGGCUUGAAAAGGAAACAUCACAGAGUAAAGACUUCAAACUCGAGGUUGAAAAACUCAAUAAAAGAAUUAUGGCUCUGGACAAAUUAGAAGAUGCCUUCAACAAAAGCAAACAAGAAUGUUACUCUCUGAAAUGCAAUUUAGAAAAAGAAAGGAUGACCACAAAGCAGUUGUCUCAAGAACUGGAGAGUUUAAAAGUAAGGAUCAAAGAGCUAGAAGCCAUUGAAAGUCGGCUGGAAAAGACAGAAUUCACCCUAAAAGAGGACUUAACUAAACUAAAAACAUUAACUGUGAUGCUGGUAGAUGAAAGGAAAACAAUGAGUGAAAAAUUAAAGCAAACUGAAGAUAAGUUGCAAGCUGCUUCUUCUCAACUUCAAAUGGAGCAAAAUAAAGUGACAACAGUUACUGAGAAGCUGAUUGAGGAAACAAAAAGGGCACUGAAAUCCAAAACUGAUGUGGAAGAAAAAAUGUACAGUGUCACCAAGGAGAGAGAUGAUCUAAAGAACAAACUGAAAGCAGAAGAAGAAAAAGGAAAUGAUCUCCUGUCCAAAGUUAAUAUGCUGAAAAAUAGACUUCAAUCAUUGGAAGCAAUUGAGAAAGAUUUUCUAAAAAACAAAUUAAAUCAAGAUUCUAGUAAGUCUACAACAGCAUUACACCAAGAAAACAAUAAGAUUAAAGAGCUCUCUCAAGAAGUGGAAAGACUGAGACUGAAGUUAAAGGAUAUGAAAGCCAUUGAGGACGACCUUAUGAAAACAGAAGAUGAGUAUGAGACUCUAGAACGAAGGUAUGCUAAUGAACGAGAUAAAGCUCAGUUUUUAUCUGAAGAGCUGGAACAUGUUAAAAUGGAACUUAAUAAGUACAAGUUAGCAGAAAAGACAGAGUCCAGCCAUGAACAAUGGCUUUUCAAAAGCCUUCAAGAAGAAGAAGCUAAAUCAGGGCACCUCUCAAGAGAAGUGGAUGCACUGAAAGAGAAAAUUCAUGAAUACAUGGCAACUGAGGACCUAAUAUGUCAUCUCCAGGGAGAUCAUUCAGUUCUGCAAAAGAAACUCAAUCAACAAGAAAACAGGAAUAGAGAUUUAGGAAGAGAGAUUGAAAAUCUAACUAAAGAGUUAGAGAGGUACCGGCAUUUUAGUAAGAGCCUCCGGCCUAGUCUCAAUGGAAGAAUCAUCUCUGACCCUCAAGUAUUUUCUAAAGAAGUUCAGACAGAAGUAGGAGACAAUGAGCCACCCGAUUAUAAGAGUCUCAUUCCUCUGGAACGAGCAGUCAUCAAUGGUCAGUUGUAUGAGGAGAGUGAGGACCAGGAUGAGGAACCUAAUGACGAGGAAUCUGUGCUAUCCUUCAAAUGCAAUUCAUCUACUCCCUGUCCUGUUAACAGGAAACUAUGGAUUCCUUGGAUGAAAUCUAAGGAGAGCUAUCCUCAGAAUGGAAAAAUACAAACUAAACCCAAUGGCAACUUCAUGCAACCUGGAGAUCUAGUCCUAAGCCACACGCCUGGGCAGCCACUUCAUAUAAAAGUUACUCCAGACCAUGUCCAAAACACAGCCACUCUUGAAAUCACAAGUCCGACUACAGAAAGUCCUCACUCUUACACAAGCACUGCAGUGAUACCAAACUGUGGCACCCCAAAGCAAAGGAUAACCAUCCUCCAAAAUGCCUCCAUAACACCAGUGAAAUCCAAAACUUCUGCUGAAGGCCUCAUGAAUUUAGAGCAAAGCAUGUCCCCAAUUACCAUGGCAACCUUUGCCAGAGCACAGACCCCAGAGUCUUGUGGUUCUGUAACUCCAGAAAGGACAAUGUCACCUAUUCAGGUUUUGGCUGUGACUGGUUCAGCAGGCUCUCCUGAGCAGGGACGUUCCCCAGAGCCGAUAGAAAUCAGUGCCAAGCAUGCGAUUUUCAGAGUCUCCCCUGACCGGCAGUCAUCAUGGCAGUUUCAGCGUUCAAACAGCAACAGUUCAAGUGUGAUAACUACUGAGGAUAAUAAAAUCCACAUUCACUUAGGAAGUCCUUACAUGCAAGCUGUAGCCAGCCCCGUGAGACCUGCCAGCCCUUCAACACCACCACAGGAUAACCGAACUCAAGGCUUAACUAAUGGGGCCCUAAACAAAACAACCAAUAAAGUCACCAGCAGUAUUACUAUUACACCAACAGCCACACCUCUUCCUCGACAAUCACAAAUUACAAUCAAGGAGGUAUGCAAGCAGAGAAUCCCAACACGGAUCCCUAAACCAAAAUCUACAGGCAACACCAAGCUUUUCCCUAAAGCUCCCACAGGGCCUAUGGAUAAGCCCAGUCACUACACUGGCUGUGGGAAGCUACACAUAAGGACUGUCACCUCUAACACUUUUCUCCACAUGGGAGGGAAAAGGUAAGUCAUGCCAAUGCACUAUCUGGAUACAUCCACCUACGGAAACAUCUGGAAAGCUAAAAUUACCAGUAUGAAGGCCAAAGAGGAAAGGUCAUGUCUCUAAGAAAUGGUAAGCAGCAAAAUGACAAAUAGUUCAUUCACAGGUUGCUGGACCUGGUGAAUAGCAUCCUGAAAGAGCAGCACAUCUACAUUUAUUUUACCUAUAUGUGUGUAUAGGCAUAUACAUACAAACAGGCCAAAUCCUUCCAAUUCCUCAUUCUACUUACAAUCCAGCCCAAAGUUGGACCAUCUAUCAUUAGCAUGGGAUAGGACUGAAUUCAUGAGAACAGC